CCCUGGGGGAGGGGCACUCGAGGAGGGCGUGGCCAUAUUGGAUCUCGGGCUGGCCUCCGGCUCCGAGGGCGCGGCCAUGUCGGACUACGACCUGGAUCCCUUUGCCAGGCCGGACGUGCGCUGCCUCACUCUGACCGGCCACGUGGGCUUCGACAGCCUCCCGGAGCAGCUGGUGAACAAGGCGAUGGCGCGGGGCUUCACCUUCAACAUCCUGUGUGUGGGGGAGACGGGCAUCGGCAAGACCACGCUCAUGAACACGCUCUUCCACACCGUCUUCGAGACGGAGGAGGGCAGCCACUUCGAGAGCUGCGUGUGCCUGCGGCCGCGCUGCUACGAGCUCUGCGAGUGCAACGUGCGCCUGCGGCUGACCAUCGUGGACUCGGUGGGCUUCGGCGACCAGAUGCACAAGGACAGCAGGCCCAUCGCCGCCUACGUGGAGGCGCAGUUCGAGCGCUACCUGGAGGAGGAGCUGAAGCUGCACCGCUGCCUCUACACCUACCGCGACACGCGCAUCCACGCCUGCCUCUACUUCCUGGCGCCCACCGGCCACUCGCUCAAGUCCCUGGACCUGGUGACCAUGAAGAUGCUGGACAGGAUGGUCAACAUCAUCCCGGUCAUCGCCAAGGCCGACACCAUCACCAAGAGCGAGCUGCCCCGGUUCAAGAGCAGGAUCAUGGCCGAGCUGGACAGGAACGGCAUCUGCGUCUACCAGUUCCCCACGGACGACGAGGCCGUGGCCGAGAUGAACGCGCGCAUGAACGCGCAGCUGCCCUUCGCCGUGGUGGGCAGCACGGAGCUGGUGCGCGUGGGCGAGCAGCUGGUGCGGGCCAGGCGCUACCCGUGGGGCGCCGUGUGCGUGGACGACGAGAGCCACUGCGACUUCCCCAAGCUGCGCGACAUGCUCAUCUGCGUCAACAUGGAGGACCUGCGCGAGCGCACGCACCUCUGCCACUACGAGCUCUACCGGCGCUGCAAGCUCGAGUACCUGGGCUACCAGUGCGCCCCGGCCGUGCUCAACUGGCCGCCCUCGCCCGGCGGCGGCGCCUCCCCGGAGCCCGCGCACGACGAGGGGCCCCGCAAGGAGCUCCUGGGGGAGCUGCGCCGCAAGGAGCGCGAGCUGCGCCAGGUGCUGCUGCUGCGCGCCCGCGAGAAGGAGCAGGAGGUGAAGGAGAAGGAGCGGGAGCUCAACCUGCGCUUCGAGGAGCUCAAGCGCCUGCUGCAGGAGGAGAAGCGCAAGGUGGAGGAGAAGCGCCGCCAGCUGGAGGAGGACAAGAACGCCUUCCACCACCAGCGCGCCGCGGCCGAGGCCCUGCAGGCCAUGCAGGCGGCGCAGGCGCAGGCCAUGCAGGCCAUGCAGGCGCAGGCGCAGGCCAUGCAGCCCGACCCCGAGUCGUCGUCCUCGUCCUCGGUGCAGCAGUUCUUCCCCAAGUGGGACAAGGAGCGGAAGAAGUGAGGCGCGUGCCCGCCGCACGGGGGCCCCGGCAGCCAUCGGGCCGGCUCCGAGCGUGGCCGUUCUCGAAUCUGCGAUCUCUCGGGGAGCCUGUGGGGGGCAGAGUGUGGGCGGGCCAGCUUGUCCCCGGAAUGGUUCUUUCCCAGAAUCCCCCACGCCGCUCAGGCCUGUCUCUGACACCUUGGUCACUCUUCCGCGUAUGAAGUGGAACCCCGGGAUUGUCCUGAUUUGCACUUCUCUUAUUAUCGGGGGUCGCUUUCUGGUGGUCAGUGCUAGGGAUAAGUAAAAAUGCCUUUGCGGAGUUGUUCGUUCACACCCUCGAGGAGGGAACGGUUUCCCCCCUUAUUUUGUUAGAUCUCUACAUGUCUUGACUAUGUAGAAAAACUGUUUUUCCCCAGUUAACCGCUCCCCCUUUUGUCCCAGAGAUGUUGUUGAUGAAAAGUU